CCCGGCUCAGGCACUGCGCGGGGCAGCCCCGGCCGCGGCGCGGUGAGGCAGCGCGCAGGGCAGCCCCCGCGCCGGCGUCAGAGAAGGCCCCCUACGGGCGCGGGAGGCCCCAGAGGCGGGAGGCGGCGGCGGGCACCAUGUCGGUGAGCGACAUGUUCAUCGUGCUGCAGGGCGUCCUCACCGCCGACCAGGACAUCCGGGAGGAGAUCCGGAAGGUGGUGCAGGCGCUGGAGCAGACGGCCCGGGAGAUCCUGACGCUGCUGCAGGGCGUGCACCAGGGAGCCGGCUUCCAGGACAUACCAAAGAAAUGUCAGAAGGCUCGUGAACACUUUGGCACAGUGAGAACGCAGCUGGAGUCUCUGAAGACCAAAUUUCCUGCUGAUCAGUAUUACAGAUUUCAUGAGCACUGGAGGUUUGUGCUUCAGCGGUUGGUGUUUCUGGCAGCAUUUGUAGUCUAUUUGGAGUCAGAAACGUUAGUGACCCGAGAGGCUGUUGCAGAAAUACUUGGAAUUGAAGCUGAUCGAGAGCGCGGCUUUCACCUGGACAUUGAAGACUAUCUUUCUGGUGUGCUAACUCUCGCCAGCGAGCUGGCCAGACUGGCGGUGAACAGCGUCACAGCUGGUGACUAUUCUCGCCCUCUCCGCAUCUCGACUUUCAUCAACGAGCUGGAUUCUGGCUUCCGUCUCCUCAACCUGAAGAAUGACUCCCUGAGGAAACGUUACGAUGGCCUGAAAUACGAUGUCAAGAAAAUUGAGGAAGUGGUUUACGACUUGUCGAUCAGAGGACUCAAUAAGGAGGCAACAGUAGGUGCGGGUGGAGAGAAGUGAAGGAUGCUCGUUUUAACAGCGUCAUUGAUUACCUCAGAUGGUUGCCAAUUUAGGAGGCAUGCUAGCGAAGCCUCCCUAUAGUAGUUUAGAAGAACUGCAGCUGAAAGCUGCUCUCUAUUUUCUUACAAAAGGUGUAGUACGGGUGUUAGAUCUCAAAAUGUUUUGUAAAAUCACAUCUAGAUUAGGGCAGGAGGUUCUCUGUUUCCAGUGGAACUCCUCUGCCAAAACAUGGUGCCGUUCUGAGCACAGCAGCAAUAGUAGUCAGUAACUCCCAUGAGCUGAAAUUCUCCUUAGUUGUGUAGUGUUGCUUCCCUGCACUGGCAGUGACGUGCUUCAGCUCACGCAGCGCAGAUAUAUGUGGUGUUUUAAAAAACACAGUGUGUAAAUAUCUAUACAUUUUUUAAGACGGUGAUUUUUUUUUUUGCCUUUUUGUUUCUUAAAUUUUCACCUAUGUCAGUAAGUUGAACAGAUUUGCAUAACUGUUUAUUAACCUGAUCUUUUUAAAUGGCUUCUGUUAAUGUAUCGCCCUUAAUUGAGAAAUUAGUGAGAAUAUUCCUGAGAAUUUCUCCAUUGGAACUGGUGUAUUGCACCCGGACACAUCUCUCUCUCUCAGUAUUUUCCUUUCCUGCAAGAUUUCUUUUGCCAGGGAGAACAAGGUGUUCUCAAACAUCUGCUUUCACUGGCUGCUGUUUGUUUUACUGACACGAGUAAAUGCUGAGUUUUAAUAUGAUCAUUUGCCUUGAGAACUCGGUGUAACCAAAUUUUUUUUAUUAUUUUUUUUUUAAACUACCAAAGUUUCCGAAUAGAGCAGUGUUAACUGAUAAACUGCAGGUAGCAUCUGAGUUUUAACAACCUAAGUAGGCUACAGCUGUACCUGUGUCCUGGGAUUAAAGAAAAAAAUCACAUCAGAAUUAUAGUUCAUGUAGUAAAAUGUUUCUGUCUUCAGAAAAGAAGGAAUUACUAGUUUCAGAUACUUUGCAUGUAGAAUGUUUGCAAAUACCAACAGCCUCCUUCAUUUGUGUAAAUACUCCCCAGGUUGGUUGUUCUCUUGUCUUAAAUGACUUUGAGUUUUGCCGUUCUUCUACUCCUGGUGGUGCAGGAAGGUUAAGGAGAAAAACAGACUUACUUAGGAGGAGGAAUUUUUCUAGAGGAUGAACACGAACAGCCAAGUGUAUGUGGGGUUUGUUAGUGUUCCAUUUUGUUAGCAGAGAUUUCCCACUGUUUCAGUUAGGUUUUUGUUUUGUUUAUUGGAAGAAAAUGGUUUCUUGGUUAUUUUGGCCAAUAAAAGCUGUUGUUUGA